UAAACCCUGCAAGCACCCCCUCCCCUGUACACACACAUAGCGGCACGGUGAAAUCAGAAGGCCAGUGCCCGUGCAUCGCCCCCCAGCCCGACUGUCGAUGCUCAGGGCGCUCAGGACAGCCGAAAGCACACACCGAAACGCCCAGAAAUUCAAGCCCCGGCGGCGUGUGGUUCUCCAGGCUACCAGUCUGCUGUCUUCUGCACACAGCAGGUGCUUCACAUUGUUAGCUGCCGGUCAUUGGCUACUGGCACGUCCGUCACUCGGCGGCAGAGGCGUCGGCAGCGCUGAUGAAUAACCUGCCCGGCUCGCCAUUGGCCGCCGUCGGGCUGUCCGCUGAGAGGAAGCAGCUCUGGAGUUCUCGGGGGGCGGGUUCGUUAGUUAAGAGCUCUCGGAUUUAUUUAAAAUAAAUAAAAUACGGGGAAAGUAAGAAAAAAGUUGUCGGCUGCUAAGCACCGCCUGCGUGUCACCGGGGCAGAGAGGAGGAGGGGCGGCGGGGCCGGGCCGGGCCGGGCCGGCUGAGUCACCGGGGCAGAGAGGAGGGGCGGCGGGGCCGGGCUCACUCCACGCCAGGAAGCGGAUCCGAGGACACGCAGCCGGCCGGUCCCUGCCGAGAGGGUUUCUCCCGAAAAACACAUCAAACAGAGCUCGUUUCUGCGAGGCAGUUUCUCUAGCAGGGAUGGGCUGGACACAGAGGGGAAACCGAGUGGCCUGGGUGCCUCUCUGCAUCAUUUUCAUAGGGGCAUUCUCCCACUGGGUCCAGGCCCAGCACUGUGUGUGGUAUGGAGAGUGCCAGGAUGUGCCAGACAGAGAGGGCAAGAGGUAUAACUGCAACUACACAGGACCCCCUCAGCCAUUGCCCCAUGAGGGGUACGACCUGGUGGUGGAGCUGUGCCCAGGGUAUGACUACGGCAACGUUAGCCUGUGCUGUGAUAUGCAGCAGCUCCAGACCCUCAAGGGGAACCUGCAGCUCCCUCUCCAGUUCCUGUCCCGGUGCCCCUCUUGUUUCGUCAACCUGAUGAAUCUGUUCUGCGAGCUGACCUGCAGUCCCCGGCAGAGCGACUUCCUCAGCGCCACCUCCUUCUCCCCGUACGUGGACCCAGUGACGCAGGAGAACAAGACGAACGUUGUGGAAGUGCAGUACUACAUCGGCGAGACCUUUGUAAAUGCUAUGUACAACGCCUGCAAAGAUGUAGAGGCUCCUUCUAGCAAUGAGAAAGCACUGGGGUUACUCUGUGGGAAGGAUGUCAAGGACUGCAAUGCCACAAACUGGAUCCAGUAUAUGUUCAACGUAAACAACGGCCAGACUCCCUUCUCCAUUGUGCCUAUAUUUACAGAUGUGCCCGUGGGAGGCAAGGUGCCCAUGAACAACGCUACCAAAGGCUGCAACGAGUCCCUGGACGACGGAUCGGGGCCCUGCUCGUGCCAGGACUGCUCACUGGUCUGUGGGCCCAAGCCUCAGCCCCCUCCGCUGCCCCCGCCUUGGACUCUCCUGGGCCUCGACGCCAUGGCCGUCAUCAUGUGGAUAUCCUACGUGGCCUUCCUCUUGCUCUUCAUCGGAGGUGUUCUGGGAGCCUGGUGCUACAGAAAACAGAGGAUCCUGUCUGAAUAUGGGCCAAUACUGGACAGCAACAAUAUUCACUCCAUAAACAGAAGCAGUGAUCAACAAGAGGAGGCGUCUUGCUGCGAGACAGUCGGGGAGCGGUUCGAGAGGGGCCUGCGCGGUCUCUUCUCGGCCUGGGGCUCCCUGUGCGUGCGCUACCCCCUGACCGUGCUGCUGGUCAGCGUGGUCUUCAUCGCUGCCUGCUCCUCCGGCCUGGUGUACAUGAGGAUCACCACCGACCCCGUGGAGCUGUGGUCCGCCCCGGACAGCCAGGCGCGCAGGGAGAAGGAGUACUUCGAUUCCCACUUCGGCCCCUUCUUCCGCACCGAGCAGCUCAUCAUCACCACCACGCUGAACUCCAGCUCCAUCUACAGCCCUUACUUCGGGGGCCCGGACGUGCCAUUCGGGGCGCCACUGGACAAGGACGUCCUGCACCAGGUGCUGGAUCUUCAGGAUAACAUUGAGAAUAUAAAGGCCUCGUACAAGAACGAGACGGUGAUGCUGAAAGACAUCUGUUUGGCACCUCUCGCCCCCUACAAUAACAACUGCACAAUUCUGAGUGUGCUGAACUACUUCCAGAACAGCCACGCCGUGCUCGAGCACAGAGCUGGAGACGAGUUCUUCACCUACGCAGAUUACCACACCCACUUCCUGUACUGCGUCAACGCUCCGGCAUCUCUGAACGACACCAGCAUGCUCCAUGACCCCUGCCUGGGGACCUUCGGGGGGCCCGUCUUCCCCUGGCUGGUGCUCGGAGGCUAUGAUGCUACCAAUUACAACAAUGCCACGGCCCUUGUGAUAACCUUUCCCGUGAACAACUACCACAACGACACGGAGAAGCUGAACAAGGCCUUGGCGUGGGAGGAAAAGUUUAUUGAGUUUGUGAAGAAUUACAGCAAUUCCAACCUUUCCAUUUCCUUCUCUGCUGAGCGGAGCAUUGAGGAUGAAAUAAACCGAGAAAGCAACAGUGACAUCACAACUAUCGUCAUCAGCUACGUCAUCAUGUUCGUCUACAUCUCCCUGGCCCUGGGGCACAUUCAGAGCUGCCGCAGGCUGCUGGUGGAUUCCAAAGUCUCCCUGGGGAUCGCGGGCAUUCUGAUCGUGCUGAGCUCCGUGGCCUGUUCCCUUGGCAUCUUCAGCUUCAUCGGCAUCCCCCUGACUCUCAUCGUCAUCGAAGUCAUCCCCUUCCUGGUGCUGGCAGUCGGGGUGGACAACAUCUUCAUUAUCGUCCAGACCUACCAGAGAGACCAGCGUGGGCUCCAGGAGGAGCUGCACCAACAGAUCGGCCGGAUCCUGGGAGAUGUGGCACCCAGCAUGUUCCUCUCCUCCUUCUCCGAGACCGUGGCCUUCUUCCUGGGUGCCCUGUCGACCAUGCCUGCCGUGCGGACCUUCUCGCUGUUCGCCGGCCUGGCCGUCUUCAUCGACUUCCUCCUGCAGAUCUCCUGCUUCGUCAGCCUGCUGGGCCUGGACGUCAGGAGGCAGGAGAGCAAUCGGCUCGACAUCUUGUGCUGCGUCAAGCUGGACAAGGGCGACGAAGUGAAAUCGGACGGAAUUCUGUUCCAUUUUUUCAAGAAGAUCUACGCCCCCUUCAUCCUGAAGGAGUGGGUGCGGCCCAUUGUGGUCGCAGUGUUUGUGGGAAUCCUGUCCUUCAGUAUCGCUGUCGUGAAUAAAGUGGAGAUUGGAUUGGACCAGAAGCUCUCGAUGCCUGAUGACUCCUACGUGCUGGAGUACUUCGUCAAUUUGAGCACGUACCUCCACACGGGCCCUCCCGUGUACUUCGUGGUGGAGGAGGGGCACGACUUCAGGACCCUGGAGGGCCAGAACAUGGUGUGUGGAGGGGUGGGCUGCAACAACAACUCUCUCGUGCAGCAGAUCUUCACCGCUUCCCAGAUUGAUAACUACACAAGAAUCGGCUUUUCUCCUUCUUCUUGGCUUGAUGAUUACUUCGACUGGGUUAAGCCCCAGUCCACGUGCUGCAGAAUUAACAACUCGACAGGUCAAUUUUGCAAUGCUUCAGUGGUGGACAAGUCGUGUCUCCGUUGCCGUCCUCUGACCACCGAGGGUAAGAAGAGACCGACGGGGGAGGACUUCAUGACGUUUUUGCCCAUGUUCUUGUCGGACAAUCCCAACCCAAAGUGUGGGAAAGGGGGCCAUGCGGCUUACAGCUCUGCAAUCGACUUGAUUCGCAACGACACAGACGUGGGCGCCAGCUACUUCAUGACGUAUCACACCAUCCUGAAGACUUCGCCGGACUUCAUCGACGCCAUGAAGAAGGCUCGCGCCUUGGCAGACAACAUCACUCAGUCGAUGGGACUGCAGGACAAAAGCUACCGCGUCUUUCCUUACAGCAUCUUCUACGUCUUCUACGAGCAGUACCUCACCAUCGCGCACGACACGGCCUUCAACCUGGGCCUGUCGCUGGUGGCCAUCUUCGUGGUGACGGCCGUCCUGCUGGGGUUCGAGGUGUGGGCAGCUGCCCUGGUGAGCCUGACUAUCACCAUGAUCCUCCUCAACAUGUUCGGAGUGAUGUGGCUGUGGGGCAUCAGCCUGAACGCCGUCUCCCUCGUCAACCUCGUCAUGAGCUGCGGGAUCUCGGUGGAGUUCUGCAGCCACGUGGUGCGCGCCUUCUCGGUCAGCACGAAAAAGACACGGGUGGAGCGGGCGGAGGAGGCCCUGGCGCACAUGGGCAGCUCGGUGUUCAGUGGCAUCACAUUGACAAAGUUUGGUGGAAUCCUGAUCCUGGCUCUUUCCAAGUCUCAGAUCUUCAAGAUCUUCUAUUUUAGAAUGUACCUGGCCAUUGUGCUUCUGGGCGCCACGCAUGGAUUGAUAUUUCUCCCAGUGCUUCUCAGUUAUAUAGGUCCGUCAGUAAAUAAGGCGAAGGUGCUGGCAGCUAAUACCCGUUACCUGGGCACAGAAAGAGAGCGACUCUUGAACUUCUAGUACUCGAGGAUGUAAAACCAAGUCACACUGGACGGUUGAGCUUCACGAUGUGAAUUAUCUGGCACAAGAGCUGAAUGAUCUCCACAGCUGUUAUUUUAAAUAGCUGACUCCGGGGAAAAGAAUGCAAGGAGCACAAAGUAAAAGAUUUUCAGUGAUUUUUUGCUCAUCUGGGGAUUAUGAAGCACAGGCCAGUGCUUGAACAAGGGGAUGUCACAGAAUGAAGCAGCUUGGGUGCAAGUAGAAGAAAAUGCACUAAAGUCUUCCAAUAUGCAACAAUCAAUGCAAGUUCCUUUGCUACUUCCUCCACUCAGCCUUUUUUAGGGGAUACCAAAAUGUAAUAUUUUUAUUACUUGCCAAAACAAAAUGUAAAUAGAUAUAACUUUAUUAAGCAGUAAUGCAUUUUUGUAAAACAUCUUUGAUCAGAUACAAUAAAUUAGCUUUGUACAGGUUAUACUGUAAAAUGGCAAAGGAGGUGAGAAAGCCAGUUCACAGCGUGGCGGGCUUCAUUAGUGCCUGUUCCCCAAAAACCUGCUUGAAGUAAGCCACAUGUUCCUCGCAGUGUUCUCCUGGUGGAAAUAAAAAUCACAAGGUUGAUGUGGGAUCUUAACCCUUUGUUCUCUGUACAAACUGAGUGUGGAUUGUGCUUACAUUAUGUAAAACUCUGACCCAGGAUAUGUACCCAACAUUCAGUUCCCUUAAAACUAGAGUGUGCUUUUGGAAACAGUCAGUGGUGUCGAGGGGUACAGGUUUUUGGCAUUAGGCUCAGUUGAUGACGGUCCAGGACAUGAAAACGUGUCUUUUACGGUUGUCAUGCGUCAGACACGUAGAGUGUUGCUAAAUGUAGACUAACAGCAUGGCAUCCUAGCAGAGUCCAUUCCUUUAACUGCCUGUAACAGCAGUUAAUCAAAUCAUUGUCAUCUGCAGAAUUACUUUCUACAAGAAAAGUUUUUAAUACUGUAGAUUCAAGUGCGAUUAUAAAAAGGGUACAGUGCAAAAACCAUUUUGAGAUAACAGAUUUUAUUACUGAAAGGACUGAGUGGCAUGUUGGUUAGAUAGGUUUUCGUAUUCCCCUCUGGAUGCUCCCAACCUGUUUAUAAGGCUUUUUAAAUAAAAGGAACUGUACUAAUGAC